GAAGGUGAGUGUAAGCCCUGGAUAUCGAGGAUGGCAUCUAUGCAGACAGACAUUGUGUUACCUGAAAACAUGGCAGUCCACUUACUCCCAAAGGACCUUCCCGGGGUGUUGGAGAGACUGAAGGAAAAGUUGCCAGAUUCUAUAGCGGUUUACACGGCGAUAAAAUUAAUUGUUCGUGGACUUAGCGGGUAUGAAGUAUAUGUAGACAGCUUUCCAGACUUUCGGGCUGUCCUUGUGAAGCCGGACGAAGCAGCCAUGAAGGACCCCGAGCACGAAAAAAAUACAUACAUGUUUUCCUCGGAUAGCUCAUGUCUUCAAGACUUAAUUGACAACAGUGGCCUUCUGAAACAGCGACAAGUUUUUCUUGCAGUUCUUUGGAAAGACGUCUUUGAAAAGGCAAAUGCAAUCAUCUGUAAAACUGCAGAACCAUCCUUCGUGAGGAUGAUCUCUGCAGGUGCUGAUAUGUAUUAUUGCAGAAGUGUAGCCACACUGCCGUAA